CUGGGGAGUCCACUCCUUUCUUUCACUACUCCAGAAAGCGCCGUAGAGACUUUCACAGCCCCUCGUUAUUGACACUAUUUGAACAAAAGAGUACAGUAUACUACAUGAUGACUAGUAAGCAGAGUAAUGGGAGCGAUCAGCAGGGUUUAUUGAGUGCAGUUGUGAGGUUGUCUCAUCUGGACUGAUGAACGCUAUCGUGUCACAACAAUUAUCUACACAACAGAUCAACGACACCCAACGGGAGAAAUGCAGAUAUGACAGCAGUUUUGUUGCUGAAAGCCCUGCCUGUGGUUUGAGGAUUGUUAUGUGAGCCCAGGUGAAGUCCCAUCAUUUUAUGCUGAGAGAUGCUUCACUCAGCUGCCAUGACAACAGGACUUAUCUUUGUCAACUGGCUCUUGUAUACCACCGCAUGGGGCAACCCAACUGUGUCUGUGCCAGAGGGCGGAGAAAAAGAACGUUUGACCCAGGACAAAGACAGCGCGCUGAGUCCCAGUGCAAAGCAACGUCUGGAGCAGAUCAGUCAUCUUGAACUAGGGGAAAACAAAUCCGACUCGAGCCGGACCCGACCAAAGCUAAGCCCCCUGAGAAGAGGAUCCAAACUGCAGGGAAAGUCCUUAGAUGAGCAAGAAUUACCAAAGCAAUCCGAAGAGGCUCCCACGGAAGAGGCGAACGUCUCCCUCGAUCCGAUCGAUGAGUAUGCAUACCCUGAUUACAGGGGUAAAGGCUGCAUGGAUGAGACGGGGUUUGUGUUUGCCAUAGGGGAGAAAUUUACCCCGGGACCUUCCACCUGCCCCUGCUUAUGCACCGACGAGGGGCCUUUGUGCGCCCAGCCCGAGUGUCCGAAACUUCACCCCCGUUGUCUACGUGUCGACACCAGCCAGUGCUGUCCACAGUGCAAAGAGAAAAAAAACUACUGCGAAUUCAGAGGAAAGGUCUACUCAUCUUUGGAGGAGUUUAAGGUGUCUCCAUGUGAAAAGUGCCGUUGUGAGCCAAGUGGAGAGGUUUUGUGUUCGGUGUCAGCUUGUCCACAGACAGAGUGCGUUGAUCCAGAAUACGAACCUGACCGGUGCUGCCCAGUAUGUAAGAGCGGGCCAAACUGCUUUGCAGACACGGCGGUGAUCCCAGCCGGCCGAGAGGUGAAAAUCGAUGAAUGCACCAUCUGCUACUGCACAUACGAGGAGGGCACCUGGCGUAUCGAACGGCAAGCCACCUGCAGCAAGAACGAGUGUCAGCCGAGCUAAGGUGACCAUUGGGGCGUCGCCCCCCAACCUUUGCUCAGACAGCUGGGGAUCAGACGCCCCAGCUAUGGUCUGUAUCGGCUCAGCACAAUGGCUCUGGGCCUCACACACAGCCAAGACACCCGACCUGUGUGGAGUUACAUCAGUCACGGCCAUUUGUGACAGCUUAUGAACUCAAUCUGAGCAGGUGGGCCAGCAAACUGGGGACCAAGGCCAUGGGUGAAAGUGCUAAAUGUUACAUUCGUAACACUACGAUUGAGUUGGCAUAGCAUCAAAAUGAUUCAUAUGUUACACUCUAAAACAUGCUGGGUUAUUUUCAGCCCAGCGUUGGGUCAAAAAGAGAUGAACCCAGCCUGUUGGGUUGUAAUUGAACCUAUGCUGGGUUGUUUUAACCCAUUGUUGGUUCAAAUGUAAACUUUUCUAAGUUUAUUUAACCCAACCUCUGGGUUCGUCCCUUUUUGAACCAGUGCUGGGUUAAAUAAUAACCCAGCAUUUUUAAUGUGGAGUUACAUACAGUAUAUAGUCGUAGAAUCAAGAGGCAUGGAGCUAAAUUCAACUAUAUUAGUACUUAAAAUUUGUAUUGAGAUUUAUAACCCAUAUAAAGGAUAUUUAUUUAUGUAUGUGCCGGUGCAACGAUUACGAUUAAAAUCUGAUCUGAUUUACAGUCAAAUGAUAUUUUUUAUAGCCAGUGUAUUUUGAUAUGCCAUUAUGUUUCAUACCGGCUCAGACUGCUUACUGUUCAAAGUACUCCCAUCUAUUCGGAAUGUAUUACACACCUGUCUGUACGAUUGUCAGCGUGUCUGGAGGGAGGUUUGUCAAAGAUGACAAGCCGCUGUCAGGUAUCGCCUACAACAUCUAACCCAAUGCCUUUUCAGCACAGUAAACAGAGCAGAAUGGAUUUGGUAUCCGAACGAGGAAAUCAUAAAAAGAUAAAAGCUGCUUGAAGAUGUUUGCGUUCAUGUUAGGUCUCUCUAUUGUGCUAUUAACUGAGGUCCAUUUUGCUAAGAAGUGUUUCUAUGUGAGUGUUUUUAUGUUUCAAAUAAAUUG